GUGGGAGGAUAACUUGAGCCCAUGAGUUCGAGGUUACAGCGGGCUAUGAUCUCAUUGUCACUGCAUUCCAGCCUGAGUGAAGAGCAAGACCCUAGCUCUCUAAAGAAAACCAACCAAACAGCCAGGCACAGUGACUCACUCCUAUAAUCCCAGCACUUGGGGAGGACGAGGUGUGUGGAUCACAUGAGGUCAGGAGUUCAAGACCAGCCUGGCCAACGUGGUGAAACCCCGUCUCUACUAAAAAUACAAAAAUUAGCCAGGCGUGGUGGUGGGCGCCUGUAGUCCCAGCUACUCGAGAGGCUGAGGCAGGAGAGUUGCUUCAACCUGGGAGGCGGAGGUUGCAGUGAGCAGAGAUCUCACCACUGCACACCAGCCUGGGCAACAGAGCGAGACUGUCUCAAACAACAACAACAACAACAAAGCCAACCAAACAAGCACUUAGAAUGAUGCCUGGCACAGAGUAGUAGGGGGCAAAAAGACAAGCUGGACCCUGAGGAUGUCUUCACGGCAUAGAAGUGUGAGGGUGGCUGGCUGGAGCCGGGAGCCUGAGCUGCACACAGUCCUCCUCCAAAAGAGCCUGGGGAGUCUGGGAGAGGUUCAUCCACAGAAGCAUCCACGGGCCAGGACCUCUGGCCAGCUGCCUAGGCCCUCCCCGGGGAGGCAUGCUAGCCUCCAGCUCUAGCCCCGGAUGCACGGAGGCUUUCCCAAGGUGCUGGAAGUGCCGCUUCCUUCAAUAGAGCCUGGCUUCCCCUUCCCAGCCCCCUUGGUCUGAUGUGAAUGGACACUUCCUGCGGGGGCAGGUAUCAAUAAACACAUCUGAGAUGCCCUUUGUCCUCACUGGCCAGAAAGCCCCAGGGCAGACUUGCUGGCUUCAGGCCCUGAGCCUUUGCCUUGUGACGCUUCCUUUCUUAGCCUUAGCAGACCCAGUCCUGAUUGAUCCAUGCCUCUGUUUCCCUCUGCAUCUUGAUAAAGACAGAACAUAGUCUGUUCCUGCAGCCCCAGCCCCAGCCUGUGGACCAUCCUGGGGGAUGGGGCCUGGCGGGGAGCUGGAACCAGGUCCCAUUCUCUUUGGGAUGUCCUGUGAGACCAAGGACGGGACCUUUUGCAUCUAGUGCAGGGCCAGCCACAGCAGGCAAUUAAUAACUGUUUACUUCACAACCCCUAGCAGCUGGUCAGAGUUCAGCUGUUCGGGUGGGGCUUCCUAGGCCCGACUAACCAAGCUUGGGUCCCACCUCCAAAGACUAGGGCGUUGCCUUGGCGACUGUGGGCUAAGCUCACGCCCCGUCAUGAAAAAUACACAGGCCUGUCCACACCCACACACACCCAUCCCGUGCACACUCACAGGGGUCACCCGGGGCCUGCUGAGUGGAGAGAGGUGAAGGUCACAAAAACUGGCAUCUGAGAAGAUGCCAACAAGAGUUCCUUUCCCUUGUACUGGGACAGAAACAUCUGAGGGUGCCACAGCUAGAAAUCACAGGCACAGGUCCAGGCCCAAGUUCUGAGCAGAUGCCCCUGAUGGAACUCUGCAUCCCCACAGCCUCCCUGCCUGGGCCUGGCCCAUGUUAGGACCUUGGUAAAUAUUUGCGGCAUGAAAGAAUGAUGUUUUCAGCUUGGGUCUGAGGCAGAGCAGGAAUGUUGCACGGAGGGCGUGGAGGUCAAUGCACGGUCAGUUCAUUUUUUCUGAAUAGCUGAAGGAUGAGGCAUCAGCCCCGCCUGCCCACUGGAGGGUUCUGGAGAGGUGGGUGGCUCUUCCUGUCUGCAGUACUGGCCUGUCCACAGUGUGAAUCUCAGCUCAGUCACACAGCGCUGUGUAGCCUUGGGCAAGUCACUUCUCUGAGUCUGUUUCCUCAUCUUUAAAAUGGGGAUGAUACCACCCAUGUUGGGAGUGUUAUGAGAAUUAAAUGUGACAGGUAUAAGAUGCUCAGCAAGUGCCUAGCACAUAAUACAUGGUCAUAAGACAGCUCUUCCCUCCUGCCCACAGUAUUUUAGAGCUGGAGGGGGCCUCUGAACAUGGGGCAGCCCUCAGGUUAAGAUGAAGAAAGGGAGGCUCAGAGAAGGGUGGGAUCUGCCCAAGGGCACACAAUGAGGGCACAACUAAGUGGACACUGAGGCCCCAGGACGUUGCAAUCCAAACGAGAGUUUUAUUCUUGAGACUCAGGCUUUCCCAGGUUCACGGCACUCUUCCUCUAGGUGGCCCUGCCUCCUUGCCUAGUGGCAGGUGGUGGGUGGGGGGCGGGGUCCUGGGUCUUGACAGAAGCAUGGCAACCGGACGGUUCCGCCUGGCACAUGCUCAGGCCCAGGCCCCGGGUCAUUUUCCUGUCCCACAUGCUUUUGGCCACCCUGGAGCCAGGGGCUUUCCUCCCCACCCACUUUCCCCGGUCUCCGACAAUGACCCAGGUGUCCGAAAGGAUCUGCUCCUGACAAUAAGCAACAUCCUCUUGCCAAAGAAUUGUAAUUUUAGCCGGGCUGCACAGCUUCCCUGACAACACACAUGCAUGUGCACAGAUGUGGAGUCCGCGAGGCACGUGCAGGCCCCUCUGCGCGCUGUGUGCUGCCCCUCUCGCCCACGCCAUGCCUUCGAGUGUCCUCCUAAGGACAGGCUGCCGUGGGCCUUGUCCCAGCUGGAGUCUCAGACACAGUAAAUGGAGUGUUUUCUGGCCUUCCCUCCCUCCCCAGGACAAACCCCCAUGGACCCUUGGUUUGUCCUGGACAAUCUCCUGUCUGGCCCUCUUGCUUGAAACUGAGCAUCCUCCCCUGCUCCCCAAACUUGAAUCCUAGGACAGCUUCUCCUUUUUUCUAAAAGGGGAACAACUCCUUUGGGACCUGUGGGAUGGGUGGCCAGUGUGUGAGGGGUGAGGAGGUGUGGGAGAUUGAGCAAUGUCCCCUCUCCCGUACACCCUGAACUCUGCUUUCUCUCUGAUGCCCCCACCCCCCUGCGCAUCUCAAGGAAGUUGCCUCCAGGGGAGAACAUCCCUUCCCCACUGCUGCGGGUGCUAUGGGUACAAUCCUGGGGUCAUUAACCCCACUGCUUAGACCCUGAGGGCUCCCAGCCUGGUGCCCUGCCCCACCUUGUUCACAGGGACACUCAGGCCAACAACCACGCUAGCCCCACUUGUCCACACCUCUGUCCACUUGAGGGCCCCCAACCCCACCCAGCUCAGCUUUGCGCAUCUUGCUUUGGCCGCCAGCUCUACUCUGCCUGCCCUGCCCUACCCACCUCUGGCCUGCAGCCCCGCGUCUGCUGAGCCAGCCCUUCGGCCAGCCCCCAAGGUGUGUGUGCUGGUGGUAAAUACUACCGUAGCUGAAGCUGGAGCUGAAUUCAGCUCCCAGCCCUGGGGUGGCUCUGGGGUAGGAGUUGAUGUCAGGCAAAGGGAGAAAGGGGCAGAAGCUGGGAGAGGUGCUGGUGGGACCUGCCACAUGGCCUGCUGGGGAAGGGGGCAGCACAGGGCCCCCUUGGAGCAGGUUUUGUUUCUUCCUGGGAGCACGUGGGAGAGCCCUUUCCCUGGGUCCUCCUCACUUCUGUUUCCUGGCAGAGCCAUAGUUUUGCAGCUACACCCACCCCAUUCAGGUGUGAAGCGGGGACGUCCAGGCCAGCAUGGACAAAACCAGGGGCACAGCCAAGCUUCCUGGGGCUCCUUUUCCACUGAGCCUGCUGCAGGGGUAAGGGCAGUGGGUUAGCAGUCAGAGGAGAGUUGGCUAGUCCCUGCACUGCCAGGCUUCCCCUGGGGACCCUGGGUGGAUCAUCUCUCUUGAGUCUGUGGGUCAGAUUUGUAGCAUAAUGGGUUUGGGCAGUAGAGUCCCACACCAGCUAGCCCAAGGAGCCACACUCCUUCAUCACAAACUCAAAUGUCCAUAGGACCAAGAAACCAUGGUGAGAGAGUGAAGCAGGCCAGGUGGAAUUAUUAGGGAGUAGUACGGACUGUGGCAAACUGGAGUGCCGGUGUCCCCCAAAAGCUGCUACUGAGCCCCAGCUGACAGUUGCCCUGUGGGAAAGCUGGUUUAGCGUUAUCUUCUGAUUUUCUAAGGAGAGCUGGAAGUCAGAAUUUUCAUGUCAAAUUCCUGGUUUUUAAAUGUUGUCAUCUCAAGAAAAUUAAAAAGAUUUUGAGGAUCGAAUGAAAUAUGUGUGAAGGCUGGAUGUGGCCUGUGGGCUCCCAGUUUCUGGAUGUUUUUCAUCAGUAUAGUGUCUACGUGCCUGAGUUUAAUUCUAGUUCUAGCACUUGCUUGCUGUGUGAUCCUCAGUGAGUUACAUAAGUUCUCUGUGCCUUAGUUUCUUCAUCAGUGAAAUGGGAAUAAAAACAAUACCUUAUGGCAUUGUUAGAUAUGCCCAUGAAACCCUUAGCAUAGUGCACGACACAUGCUGUGUCUUCUUAUUACGGUUCUGCAUGGAUCCUGCGUUACCUGAAGUCCCCCAUGCUCCAGGCUUUGAGUUCAUACUCUCUGGAACUUUGGAACUUCAGUCCAACCACUUUCCCUUUCUGGGUCUCUGUGUUUCUGCCUGAAAAGGAGACCUGUAUCUUGCCAAAGAAGUUCUGAAAUCUCUGCUCACCCUGACAAUGACUCCAAAAAUCUGGGGCUCCCAGACUUGGAUCUCUGCCUAAAACUCCACUCCUGCAGACAUCCCGUUUGGGGCUUUGGUGCCUUUGGAGACUCUUCUUUAAAUACAAGCGCCCCAGGAUCGGACCACAAGUUGUUAUCAGUCAUUCACACCUUAGCAGGAAAGACUUUAAAGCUGGCUUCUCCAUCCCACUGUGCUUCUCACUCCUAGGAGGCACUUCUUGACUUGCUGAAUGAAUUAGAGACCUGUCUAGCUCCCAAGUGCCAAGCAUCAACUACUCACAUGGCACUUACAGAACACUUCAUGUGAAUUAUUACUAACCCUUGCCUCAACUCUGCCAGGGAGAUGUUUUCAUUUCUGGGAAAAACAUCUGUGAGUGAGGAGUUGGGGCUCAGCAUCUAAGUGGCUCACAGCUACUGGUCCAAUGCAGGCUGGCCAGCUCCAGAAGCCCCACCAGGCUGCCUCCCUCCUGACUGGGCAAGGCUUUCAGCUCUUCUAGUGGGUCCCAGCCUGCCGCUGAGGGUCCUGGGCUCUAAGGGCAGGGAAGGGGCAUCUGAAGGAGGAUGUGGUGUUAUCUUGGUUCUGGGUAGUGCCCCUGGCUGGGCCAAUGAAAAGGAUGUAUCAGUUUGGAUUCUGUACAUAGUUCUAACCCUCCUUCCCUCUCUGCUAGACCCACAACAGCCUGAUAUGCCAUUUGAAAUAAAAAUACUACUGGCUGGGUGUAGUGGGUCACACUUGUAAUCCCAAGACUUUGAGAGGCCGAAGCAGGAGAAUUGCUUGAAGCCAGGAGUUCAAGGCCAGCCUGCGCAACAGAGGGAGACCCCAUCUCAAAAACAAAUAAAUAAAUAAAAAUAAAAAUAACACUAAUGCAUAAUAAUUGUAGCUAUCCCUCAGAUGUCUGCAGAGGGCAUUAGAGCUCAUAUCUUGUGUUCUCGUCUUUCCCUCAUCUAGUCCUCUCACAACCCUGCAUUGUAGCCAAUAGUUUUCUCACUGCACAGAUGAGGAAACUGAGGCUCAUACAGUUAGAUAGAAACGCGGCCUCUAGCCAAUAUUCUGUUUACAAAAGCUCAUGGUUUUGAGGGUCAACCCGAUUAAAUGCUGGAGGAUUGGGAUAAGGGACCAGGGAAUUGCUUCAUUUGCUUGGUGAAAAAAAACAAACAGAACUAGACAGUUUUCUAAGGUUGGCUGGAAGGACGUGCAUGGAUGAGAUGACCUUUCAUAUAUUCUCUGUCCUGGUCCCUCAGACACUGGGUUUUCCCAUUUUCACACUAUCUUGCCUAGGACACCCUUUCUACUGGCUGAAAUCCUAUCUAUGCACCAAGUCCAAAGACUCUCCCUCCUUCAGGAAGUCCCUGACUGUCCCCAGAAGGCUGUUUCCUCCCUCCUCCAAGUGCCCUGAGGGCUGGCACUGGAUUGCCUUUGCCAUGGGAUUCUGCUGUCGGGAAUGCAGGCCUCGUCUGCUCAAGGGGAGGCCAAGCAUUCAGCAUGCAGGUCCGGUGGCAGCCUUCAAGGUCGCCACGCCGUAUUCCCUGUACGUCUGUCCCGAGGGGCAGAACGUCACCCUCACCUGCAGGCUCUUGGGCCCUGUGGACAAAGGGCACGAUGUGACCUUCUACAAGACGUGGUACCGCAGCUCGAGGGGCGAGGUGCAGACCUGCUCAGAGCGCCGGCCCAUCCGCAACCUCACGUUCCAGGACCUUCACCUGCACCACGGAGGCCACCAGGCUGCCAACACCAGCCACGACCUGGCUCAGCGCCACGGGCUGGAGUCGGCCUCCGACCGCCAUGGCAACUUCUCCAUCACCAUGCGCAACCUGACCCUGCUGGAUAGCGGCCUCUACUGCUGCCUGGUGGUGGAGCUCAGGCACCACCACUCGGAGCACAGGGUCCACGGUGCCAUGGAGCUGCAGGUGCAGACAGGCAAAGAUGCACCAUCCAACUGCGUGGCGUACCCAUCCUCCUCCCAGGAGAGUGAAAACAUCACGGCUGCAGCCCUGGCUACGGGUGCCUGCAUCGUAGGAAUCCUCUGCCUCCCCCUCAUCCUGCUCCUGGUCUACAAGCAAAGGCAGGCGGCCUCCAACCGCCGUGCCCAGGAGCUGGUGCGGAUGGACAGCAACAUUCAAGGGAUUGAAAACCCCGGCUUUGAAGCCUCACCACCUGCCCAGGGGAUACCUGAGGCCAAAGUCAGGCACCCCCUGUCCUAUGUGGCCCAGCGGCAGCCUUCUGAGUCUGGGCGGCAUCUGCUUUCGGAGCCCAGCACCCCCCUGUCUCCUCCAGGCCCCGGAGACGUCUUCUUCCCAUCCCUGGACCCUGUCCCCGACUCUCCAAACUUUGAGGUCAUCUAGACCAGCUGGGGGACAGUGGGCUGUUGUGGCUGGGUCUGGGGCAGAUGCAUUUGAGCCAGGGCUGGCUCUGUGAGUGGCCUCCUUGGCCUCGGCCCUGGUUCCCUCCCUCCUGCUCUGGGCUCAGAUACUGCGACAUCCCAGAAGCCUAGACCCUCAACCCCUCUGGAUGCUACAUGGGGACGCUGGAUGGCUCAGCCCCUGUUCCAAGGAUUUUGGGGUGCUGAGGUUCUCCCCUAGAGACCUGAAAUUCACCAGCUACAGAUGCCAAAUGACUUACAUCUUAAGAAGUCUCAGAAUGUCCAGCCCUUCAGCAGCUCUCGUUCUGAGACAUGAGCCUUGGGAUGUGGCAGCAUCACUGGGACAAGAUGGACACUGGGCCACCCUCCCAGGCGUAAGACACAGGGCACAGUGGAGAGACUUCUCCCCCACGGCCGCCUUGGCUCCCCGGUUUUGCUCGAGGCUGCUCUUCUGUCAGACUUCCUCUUUGUACCACAGUGGCUCUGGGGCCAGGCCUGCCUGCCCACUGGCCAUCGCCACCUUCCCCAGCUGCCUCCUACCAGCAGUUUCUCUGAUGGUCUGUCAACAGGUUAAGUCAAUCUGGGGCUUCCACUGCCUGCAUUCCAGUCCCCAAAGCUUGGUGGUCCUGAAACGGGAAGUACCUAUUGGGGCAUGGUGGCCACCGUGAGCAAAGGGUGUCUUGGGCAAUCUGAGGCCAGGCCAGAUGUUGCACCACCCACUGGAGAUGGUGGUGAGGGAGGUGGGUGGGGCCUUCUGGGAAGGUGAGUGGAGAGGGGCACCUGCCCCCCGCCCUCCCCAUCCCCUACUCCCGCUGCUCAGCGGGGGCCAUUGCAAGGGUGCCACACAAUGUCUUGUCCACCCUGGGACACUUCUGAGUAUGAAGCUGGAUGCUAUUAAAAACUACAUGGGGAAA